CUUUGCUGUGAAUGCUACUGCUAUGUCGAUUGGGGCAAAGAGCGACACAGCUACAAGCACGAAGAGCGAGGAUCUGAGGAAGAGCAGCAAGAAUGGUGCGAAGAAAAUCAAGAGGAAGAUCAUAAUGUGGGCUACCUGUCGCCGGCGGAUUCUAUGCCUCCCAGCUCCGGAUGCUGUGUGUGGAGGUAGGAGUGGCCAUCGGAUUGUAUGUGUUCCUCAUCUUAGCGGUGGACGAGGAGCCAACUCUUCUUCUUCUUCGGAGACCAAGGAACAAUGCGAGUUUUCUUCCUGGCUCAAGCGUCGCGGGGAGCACGAUCCUAACACUGGCCUCAGCAUUGGAUUGUCACCGCAUGGAAGAGGAUUGUUUGCCUCUCGCCCCAUACAUACUGGAGAAUGCAUGUUACAUGUUUCACAUGAUCUGAUGAUCACCCCGGAAAAACUUCCGGAAGAAGUAACGAAGCUACUGUCGAAGGACGUGAGUGCAUGGGCAAAGCUAGCGCUUUUCUUGCUUGCUCACCAGAAGAAAAAAGAGACGUCCGCAUGGGCUCCUUAUAUAAGUUGCUUACCUCCUUUCGGUAGCAUGCAUAGCACUAUUUUCUGGACACAAGACGAGCUGGUUUACUUAAAAGUGAGCCCUGUUUAUCGCGAAACUGUACAGAGAAAGGACGUGGUGAGAAUGGAAUUUGCAGCAGCAGAAAAUGCACUUCUACUCUGCCCACACAUUUUUGGUAGUCGAGUUUCCGCGCUGGAGUUCAAGCAUGCUUAUGCAACAGUUUGCUCUCGUGCUUGGGGGAUCGAAACGAUUAAAUCACUUGCUUUGGUUCCUUUUGUGGAUUUCUUCAAUCAUGAUGCCAAUUGCCGCGCGAUGCUUUCGUACGACGAGGACAGACAUUGUGCAGAGGUUGUUUCAGAUCGGGACUAUGCUACUGGAGACCAAGUGGUCAUUAGCUAUGGUCAGCUCUCGAAUGCAACACUUGCUCUCGACUUUGGUUUUGCUCUUCCCUUCAAUCCUCACGAUCAGGCUGGAAUCUGGUUGAGCCUUUCGGAAAAGGAUCCGCUUCGCGACAGCAAACUUAAGCUUCUGCACUCGCACAACAUGCAAACUUGCGUCACCAGAGAGGGUGUGGAUACUGCUGGAAGUUCGUUUUCUCUUCAAGAGGUAAAGUCGAAAGCAGGCAGAGGGAAGGGUAUUCCACAAACUUUACGUGCUUUUGCCCGUGUUGUAUGUGCAACAACGUCGGAAGAGCUAGACGAAAUGGCUAAGUUUGCUGCUGAUACUGAUGGUCGUCUUGCUCGCCGGCCAUCAAUUGAUAAGACCAAGGAGCACAAAGCAAUGACGCUGCUGCAAACAGUCAUUGACAAUAGGAUACAAAAACACGAACAAGCAGCAUUGGCAAUCCGGGACUCUGCGGUCUUGCAAAAACCAAGAAAAGAGAUCGCAAAGGCCAUAGUAGGUGGUGAGCUUCGAGUUCUUCGUUCUGCCAGUGCUUGGUUAAAACAGCAUUCCCAGGCACUAUUACAAACUUAAAAAGUUUUCCAUUUACGAUUCUUC